UGAUGCCACAGGUUCCUCUGGGCACACUGCUCCCUGGCCACGCCUCCUUUCCCUUUCAUCUUUCUCAUUGACCAAUGGGCUUGGAGAAUUAAGGCCACGCCCCCAUUCUGCAUUCUAGUGGGGCCCUGGUUACGCCUCCUCUGGCUCAGUCACACAGCCGCCUGGUAGGUGACUGGAGGUGUUCGCUGAUGUGGCCCCAACCCUGCCUCCCUCCCCACCCCAUGAUGUUAGAAGAGACUCGACAAAGUCAAUUGGCAGCAGCCAAGAAAAAGCUAAAAGAAUAUCAGCAGAGGAACAGCCGUGGUGUUCCAGCAGGAGUGAAGACAAAAAAGAAGAAAACUGGCAGUAGCCCUGAGACAACCACUUCUGGUGGUUGCCACUUACCUGGGGAUAGCCGAAACCAAGAACCGGAAGUAGCCCUGGACUCAAGCUCCACAACAAUCAAUCAACUCUAUGAAAACAUAGAAUCACUGAAACAACAGAAGAAACAAGUGGAACAUCAGCUGGAAGAAGAAAAGAAAACAAACAAUGACAUACACAAAGCACAGACGGAGCAGUUAGAGACAAUCAACAUCCUCACGCUGGAAAAGGCAGACUUGAAGACCACCCUUUACCAUACUAAACGUGCCGCCAGACACUUUGAAGAAGAGUCCAAGGAUCUGGCCGGCCGCCUUCAAUACUCUUUACAGCGUAUUCAAGAAUUGGAGCGGGCUCUCUCUGCUUUGUCUACACAGCAGCAGGAAGAGGACAGGUCCUCGAGCCGCAGUGAAGCCGUCCUCCAGCGGCAGUUACAUCAGACCAGAAAGGAGCGGGCGCUGCUGAACGCACACGUGACACAGGUGACAGAGUCACUUAAACAAGUCCAGCUGGAGAGAGAUGAAUAUGCUCAACAUAUAAAAGGAGAGAGGGCCCGGUGGCAGGAGAGGAUGUGGAAAAUGUCGAUGGAGGCUCGCACAUUGAAGGAGGAGAAGAAGCGUGACAUACAUCGGAUACAGGAGCUGGAGAGGAGCUUGUCCGAACGCAAACACCAGAUGGCUGAGCCCCCGUCCCCGGUGGACCCUGCAGGGACCUCUGAGGUGGAACAUCUACAAGAUGAGGCCAAACACCUGAGGAAGGAGGUGGAAAGUCUGGAGGGAAAGCUCCAAUUCCAGAUGGAAAAAAAUCAGGUCUUGACUCUCCUGAGCAAGGAACAAAAGGAGAGACUCCAGGAGCAGGAGGAGAGGCUCCGAGAGCAGCAGGAGAGGCUUCAAAAGCAGGAGGAGAGGCUCCAAGAGCAGGAAGAGAGGAGGUUGCGGGAGGAGGAGAGACUAUGUGAACAAAAGGAGAGGCUUCGGGAGAAGCAGAAGAGGCUGGGGGAGCAGGGUGAGAGGCUGCAAAAGCAGGAGGACAGGCUACGAAAGCAGGAGGAGAGGCUGCGAAAGGAGGAGGAGAGAUUACAAAAGCAGGAAGACAGGCUGUGGGAGAAGGAGGAGAGGCUACGAAAACAGGAGAAGAGGCUGCGAAUGCAGGAGGAGAGGCUCGCGCUCUCCCAGGAGCACAAGUUCAACAAGCAACUGGCCGAGCCACAGUGCAGCUUUGAGGAUCUGAACAACAAGAACAAAAGCACACUGCAGUUGGAACAGCAAGUAAAGGAGCUGCAGGAGAAGCUGAGCAAGGAGUGCCUAGAAGCUGCCAGCCAGCAGAACCAACAGCUGGAGACCCAGCUGAGUCUCAUGCCUCUUCCUGGACAAGGAGAUGGAGGAGGACAUCUGGACAGUGAGGAGGAGGGGGUGCCUCGGCCUAUGCCGAGUGUCCCAGAGGACAUGGAGAGCCAGGAGGCCACGAGUGGCUUUAUGGACCUCCCGAGGGAGAAGGUGGAUGGGAAGCAGCAGGUGGAGAAACUAGAGCUUGGAUUCUUCCAGCUCUCUGGAGCAACAGAUGGCAUGAGAGAGCACAUCACGGUAUAUGAGAGCCAGGGGGCAGAGCCAAACACUCAGCACAAGGAGGAGGAAGCCAGCAGGCUGGCCCAGAAGGAGGAAGAGAUGAAGGUGAAGCUACUGGAGCUGCAAGAUAUGGUGUUGCCGGUUGUGGGCGACCACGAGGGGCAUGACAAAUUCCUCCCUCCUGCCCAGAACCUUCUUGAUGAGCCCGCUCCAGGGGCCCCAGCCCCCCAGGAACUUGGGGCUGAGGAGGAGCAGGGUGAUUUUCAGGACAGCGUGGAGCCUGCACGGGGACAGGCCAGGGAGGGUUCUCCCCGUGACAACCCCACUGCACAGAAGAUCCUGCAGCUGCUUCCUGUAACGCAGGACACCCAGGAGCACCCAGGCUUGGCCAGCAAACCCUGCGUGCCAUUCUUUUACCGGGCAGCUGAGAACAGAGAGAUAAACAUCAUCAUCAUCUGAGAGCUGGUCAAGAAAUUUAAAAACAACAACCAAAAUUAUGGGGUUAAUCCCCUACAUAAUUCAUCUACUUCAUUGAAAUGUUAGAGCCACUCACGUUUAUUUAUGUUUCUAAUUUACAGUUUAAUUUUAUUUAUAAAAAGUUAAGGGAGAGGGAUCUUUCCCUGAUGUUCACUCUGGCAUCCGUUAGCAUUUUUGUUUUUAAUUGAUAAUUGUAGAUCAUCAGCUCACAUAUCGAGUUUGCCCUUACAUGGUGGGAGUUCAAACACACAAAGACCCACUAUUUGCACAAAACUAUUCUUACUGGUUUGGAAUAGGCUGCCCUGCUUUUUAAAUGUUAUUGCAGCAUGUAUAUUCAUUACAGAAUUCAGAUAAAAUUUGCUUAUGUUCUG